UUUUUUAGAUUCUUUACUGCUGUAUAUGUAGAAGUUGCUCGACUGGUCAUUUUUACAAUAAAGCAAUCAGCUCAAACAGAGUAAAGAAAGAGAGAGAAGAAAGAAAAGAAAAAAAAAAGAGAGUGAGUGAUAGAGAGAGAGAGAAAGAGACUAUGGAUCCUGAAGGUUUCACGAGUAGCUUAUUCCGGUGGAACCCAACGAGAGCAAUGGUUCCAGCACCAUCUCCGGUUCCUCCUCCGCUGCAGCAACAGCCGCCAACACCUCAGACGGCGGCUUUUGGGAUGCGACUCGGUGGCUUAGAGGGGCUGUUUGGUGCUUACGGUAUACGUUUCUACACGGCGGCGAAGAUAGCAGAGUUGGGUUUUACGGCGAGCACGCUUGUUGGUAUGAAGGACGAGGAGCUUGAGGAGAUGAUGAAUAGUCUCUCUCAUAUCUUUAGGUGGGAGCUUCUCGUUGGUGAACGGUACGGUAUCAAAGCUGCCGUAAGAGCUGAACGGAGACGAUUGCAAGAAGAGGAAGAGGAGGAUCUUCUAGACGCCGUCACUUGCUACUCUCCGCCGCAGGUGAUUCCGGUACUCAUCAUGCUCUUGAUGCCCUCUCCCAAGAAGAUGAUUGGACAGGGUUAUCAGAGGAACCGGUGCAGCAGCAAGACCAGACAGAUGCGGCGGGAAAUAACGGCGGUUAUUGGGAGGCAGGUCAAGGAAAGAUGAAGAAACUGCAACCGCAAAGAAGGAGAAAGAAACCAAUGGUGGCAUCAGUUGAAACCGACGAUGACGGAAACGAAGGUGAGGAUGACGACGGGAUGGA